AUGUGUGAUUCAAAGACCAGUACGCCGAAGCCCGUCUCUCUGGAGGUUGCAGACAGUGCUAAAGAGGAAAAAGCAAAGGAAGAACAGGUUAAGAAGAGUCAUCCAAAGACUGAUCUGGCUUCAAGAGACACUCCCAACGCCACACAGCCCAUGGACUUGAACGCUGCAAGCGAUUCAAAGACCAUUACGGCAAAGUCCCUCUCUGUGGAGGUGGAUGACGGUACCAAAGAGGAAAAGAGAGAGGACAAAGAGGUUAAGAAGACUUCUCUGAAGGCAGGCCUUGGUUUGGGAAGCACUGAUAAAGCCAAACAGCCCGUCGACCAGAACACUUCAAGUAAUUCAAAGACCGUUACAACAAAGUGUUUUUCUCUGGAGGUGGAUGACAGGACUGAUGAGGAAAGAACAAAGGACAAACAGGCUGCGAAGAAUCGUCCGAAGACCGACAAAGCUAAACCGCCCAUGGACACCAACUAUGAGCAGGAACGCAUAGCUAGUAAACCACAAAUACGAUUAAACCUCAACUUUGACAAAGGAAUCAGGGGGAUAAAGGUGGACAUGAAACAGAGAGCCAUGGAGAGGUUUGAUGGUGACAGACUGUUCAAAGCUGUGGUCAGUGGGGACAGAAGGCAACUGGAAGGACUGGAGAAACAUCUGAAAGACACUGGGAAACGCUUGAGCGACUCCUUGUAUACCAUGGGUGGUAAAUCAGCCUUACUGAAGGCUUUGUUAAACCUGAAAGACGGCAAAAAUGAGGCAGUAGAACAUUUGCUAGACAUUUCAGAGAGGCAAGGCGACCUAGACAAAUUUGUAAAUGCAAAACACACCGAAGAUCAAUAUGCAGGUCAGACGGCUCUUCAUGUUGCAAUUGAGAAAAGGAGUUUGCACUACGUGAAACUCUUAGUGCAGAAGGGAGCUAAUGUCCACGCCCUGGCGAACGGGAUGUUCUUCAAACAGAAAAAAGAAGCAUCCUUUUAUUUCGGAGAACUUCCUCUGUCUCUGGCAGCCUGCACCAACCAGGAGAAGGUGGUAGAUUUUCUGAUAGAGAACAAAGCUGAUGCUGGACAGCAGGAUUCAUACGGUAACACAGUGCUUCAUGCUCUGGUGGUGCUGGCUGAUGACAGUCCUGAGAACACUGAGUUUGUUGUCAGGAUGUAUGAUCACAUCCUAAUCAAAACUGCUGAACUUCACCCUAAGAUCAGACUGGAAGACAUCAAGAACAAGCAGGGACUCACGCCAAUCAAGCUCGCAGCAAACACAGGAAAGCUUGGGCUGUUUGAGCACAUGCUGCGUCGUGAACCUCAGGAUGAGAAGUCCAUACACCUGUCUCGAAAAUUCACAGAGUGGUCGUAUGGCCCUGUCUACUCUUCCCUCUAUGACCUGGCCUCUCUUGACACCUAUGAGAAGAACUCUGUGUUGGAGAUCAUAGUCUACGGCAGUAAGAUACCUAAUCGUCAGGAGAUGCUGCAGGUUGAGCCUCUGAAUAGACUGCUGGAGGACAAGUGGGAGAGAUUUGCCCGUCACCUGUUUUUAAUCUCUUUUGCCUUUUACGCCCUGUAUCUCUGCAUUUUCACCACAACAGCAUACUGGCAUAAGGAAGGCAGGUCAAGUUUCCCUCUCGUUCUUACUAAGGGAGGCCUGCAUCUCACUGGUCAGGUCAUCUCAGCAUUGGGAGCAGUCUAUUUCUUCGUUAAAGGGCUGACGGAUAUGAGGCGAAAACCCCCAAAGCUACAGAACCUGUUAAUCGAUGGCUACUCUGAACUGCUGUUUUUCCUGCAGGCCAUACUCUUUGUGGCCUAUGUCGUCCUGUACGUCUGUGGGAGGGAGGAGUAUCUGGGCUUCAUGGUACUAUGUCUGGCCCUCAGCUGGAUCAACCUCCUCUACUAUUCCAGAGGAUUCAAACACAUGGGGAUUUACAGUGUCAUGAUCCAGAGGAUCAUUCUGGGUGACAUCCUGCGCUUCCUUUUGGUCUACAUUGUGUUCCUGGUAGGAUUUUCUGCAGCUGUAGUGACCCUAGUGGACGAACCUCCUGACCAAAACAACACUGACCUUAUCAAAAACCUGACAUCAAAAAGCAACACAACCCUCCCUGUCCCCACGAGUGACUCUGAGGAAACGGACCAGGAUAAGCCCAAGUUCCAAAACAUUUACCUCGCCAGCCUGGAAUUGUUCAAAUUCACCAUUGGCAUGGGCGACCUGGAGUUCACGGAGAACUACAAGCAUACAAAGGUCUUCUUCAUCGUUCUCAUCCUCUACAUCGUCCUCACCUACAUUCUACUGCUCAACAUGCUCAUUGCUCUGAUGAACAAAACCGUGGACAGGCUCUAUGAUGAGAGCACCAACAUCUGGAAACUACAGCGGGCCAUCACCAUCCUGGACAUGGAGCGGUGUUUGUCGCAGCACUUCAGGAAGAAGCUACGCUCUGGGGUGGAGAUAGACCUCCAGAAGAAUGGAGAGGACUGCCGCCGGUGCCUAAGAGUUGAGGAAGUCAGCUGGGAGAAAUGGAACUCCAAUCUGUGCAUUCAUGAAGACCCGGGGAACUUCGCAAAACCGUCCACCACAGAUACAAAGCCUGAGAGAGACGAGGAAGAGAGCCAGAGGAGCGCCGUGUCAUCUCCUAUCCUAGACGGUGAAGAUUAG